AUGACGGCAAAGAAAAAAAAUUCUAUUUCAAAUAAAAAUUAUUUCCUUUUGUUUUCAUAUGUCAAUGAUAAGAGAUGCAAAAAUCAAGCGAUGAAUUUUGCAGAUUUAAAGAAUAAAAUUAUUUUAAUUGACGGAGGCCUUGGCACAACAUUGCAGGAAUACGGACACGAUACUCUCGCCGAUCCACUAUGGUCCGGAAAAGUUUUGGUUAAACAACCAGACCAACUUGUUAAAGUACAUCGCGCUUUCGUUCAAGCUGGAUGUGAUAUAAUACUAUCAGCGACGUAUCAAAUUUCGAUAGAUAAUCUGAUGAAAUGUUGUGAAAUGUCACACGAACAAGCGGAAGAGACUAUAUUCAACUCUGUCACGCUCGCCCGUCAAGCGAUUAGCGAAGAAAGAGCACAAUGUUUUGUUGCUGCUUCUGUUGGUCCUUAUGGAGCCGUGUUAUGCGAUGGCAGUGAGUUCAAUGGAUGGUACACAGACUCGAUGACGAUCGAACAAUUUAAAGAUUGGCAUCGACCUCGUUUAGCGGCCUUAGCACGUGCCGAACCUGAUCUGAUUGCAUUUGAAACUAUUCCAUCGAAAAAAGAAGCCGAAGCUUUGGCUGAACUAUUGAAAGAAUACCCGAAUUUGAAAGGAUGGCUUUCUUUCAAUUGUCAGAAUGCAUCAACAACAGCUCUUGGUGAACCCGUUGAAGAAGCAGCGGUAUCGGCUUAUCUUAAAUCUCCCGAUCAAAUCAUUGCUGUCGGUGUCAAUUGUGUUCAUCCAGCAAAUGUCGUACCACUGAUCGAGAAACUACGUCCUCUCAAUUGUGAUCUACUCGCGUAUCCCAAUUCAGGUGUAAUUUGGGAUAGUGAAAAAUGUAUUUUUAAUAAUCAAGGACAAACGUUAACCCCAUACAUUCGUUCUUAUAUUGAUGCAGGUGUGAAGUAUAUCGGUGGUUGCUGCAAUGUGAACCCAAGCGAAAUUGGUGCAAUGCGACAUGCUAUUGAUGAAUACGUGUCGAAAAAGAAUCCAUGA